AUGGCGGCUGCGGGUGGCAGCCGGCGAGCCCCCGCCCCAGGCCUGCGGCUAAGCCUUCCUCUAGCCACCCGCUUGCCUGCUGGGCCCAGCAGAGAGGACGUUGGGAAGGACAACCUCGGGGGUGAAAAAAUGUCUGGCAACAAUGACUGGUUUCAGAGUUCCAGGGUCCCUAGCUUUGCUCAGAUGCUGAAAAAGAAUUUACCAGUUCAAAGAUCAGUCCAGAUGGUAACAACACCCACAGGAUAUUCCUCGGAAAAUUGUAGCCUGUCGAAUAUGGCAUCCAAGGUUACACAAGUGACAGGUAAUUUUCCAGAACCAUUGCUUUCUAAAAGUCUUACAUCUAUUUCAAACCCUGUCCUUCCUUCAAAAAAAAUACCUAAAGAAUUCAUAAUGAAAUACAAGCGUGGAGAGAUAAAUCCUGUGUCAGCCUUACACCAGUUUGCACAAAUGCAGCGAGUUCAGCUUGACCUUAAGGAAACCAUAACAACAGGUAAUAUUAUGGGACCAUAUUUUGCUUUUUGUGCUGUGGUGGAUGGUAUUCAAUACAAGACUGGACUGGGACAAAAUAAAAAGGAGUCUAGAUCCAACGCAGCAAAAUUAGCUCUUGAUGAGCUUCUACAAUUGGAUGAACCUGAACCAAAAGUUUUAGAACCAUCAGGUCCUCCUCCUAUCCCUGCAGAGCCUGUUGUUAAACCUGAAGCAGCAUAUGUUUCAAAAAUACAUUAUGAAGGGAGACAUGUCCAGUAUGCAAAGAUUUCACAGAUUGUUAAAGAAACAUUUAAUCAACUAAUUUCUAGUCACUCACAAUAUCUGAAAUGUAGUAGUUCAUUGGCUGCUUUUAUAAUUGAAAGAGCUGGACAUCAUGAAGUUGUAGCUAUAGGCACAGGUGAAUACAAUUAUAGCCAGUGCAUUAAGCCAUAUGGAAGAGUGUUGCAUGACACUCAUGCUGUUGUUACAGCAAGAAGAUCUCUCCUUAGCAAAAAUCCUGCUAUGAUGGAAAAGUCAAUAUUCUGUACAGAACCAGCUUCUAAUCUACUUACUCUGAAACAGAAUAUCAACAUUUACCUUUAUAUGAACCAGUUGCCUAAAGGAUCAGCCCAGAUUAAGUCACAGUUACGUCUUAAUCCACAUUCUAUUUCUGCAUUUGAAGCCAAUGAAGAACUGAGUCUCCAUGUGGCUGUUGAAGGCAAAAUUUAUCUGACUGUUUACUGUCCUGCAGACAUUGUUAAUAGAAUAAACAGUAUGUCCUCUAGUGACAAGUUAACAAGAUGGGAAGUGCUUGGUAUACAGGGAGCAUUGCUGAGUCAUUUUAUACAGCCAGUGUAUAUCACCAGUAUACUUGUUG